GUUUCUAAAGACAAAACUGGUUGAGUUAGUCCCAAUUGCACAUUUGCCCCUCCUCACAGAAACCCUUUCAAACCAAUUUAUUCACGAGAGGCAGCAUUCUUCCAGGAAACAAGGAAAAUAUCUGUCAGAAGAGGACAAACUUCCACUGCUCUAGGUUAAAAUGGACCAAAGACAAAACUCAGAGGUAAAAAUGAAUCUGAUGAACCUUGGGACCAAACAAGUUCACACUCAGUCCAAACCUCAGGAGAGGGAGCAGUGGGGAAGUAAAAUCGAGUUUAUCCUGGCUGUGGCCGGACAUAUUGUCGGCCUUGGAAACGUCUGGAGGUUCCCAUACCUGUGCUAUAAAAAUGGAGGAGGGGUUUUCUUCAUACCUUAUGUACUGUUUUUGUUCACCUGUGGCAUCCCACUGUUCUUCCUUGAGACUUCUUUGGGCCAGUUCACUAGCCAGGGUGGAAUAACUUGCUGGAGAAAAAUCUGCCCCCUCUUUGAAGGCUUAGGUUAUGGAAGCCAAGUGGUUGUUUUAUACACUGGAGUGUAUUACAUCAUCAUACUGGCUUGGACAUUUCUUUACCUGUUUUCAUCCUUCACCUCUGAACUUCCUUGGGCCAGCUGUCAGAACAGCUGGAACACAGAUUGCUGUUUCGAGCAUGGUCAUAAUCAAACAUCUCGGCACCUGUAUGGAAACGGCACAUCUUCAGUUGUAGAAUUUUGGGAGAGGAGAAUCUUGGGUCUGUCCAGUGGAAUUGACCAUAUUGGCAACAUUCGUUGGGACUUGGCUCUCUGUUUACUUCUUGCCUGGAUACUGUGUUACUUUUGUGUCUGGAAUGGAGUCAAGUCCACAGGAAAGGUUGUCUACUUCACUGCCACAUUUCCAUAUGUAAUGCUGGUGGUGCUGCUAGUUCGUGGUCUGACAUUACCAGGAGCCAAAGAUGGAAUCAUCUUCUACCUCUAUCCAGACCCCUCCCGCCUCAGUGAUCCAGAGGUGUGGAUGGAUGCUGGCAGCCAAAUCUUUUACUCGUAUGGAGUUUGCACAGGUGUUUUGACAUCUUUGGGAAGUUACAACAAGUACACUAACAACUGCUACAGAGACUGCGUAUACCUUUGCCUGUUAAAUAGUUUUACCAGCUUCGUUGCUGGUUUUGCCAUCUUUUCUGUUCUUGGUUUCAUGGCAAAUGAGCAAGGUGUGGAUAUAUCAAUGGUGGCUGAAUCAGGUCCAGGGUUGGCAUUCAUAGCAUAUCCACGUGCUGUUGCUCUGAUGCCGCUUCCUCAGCUCUGGGCUGUUUCCUUCUUUGUUAUGAUCAUCUUUUUAGGAUUAGAUAGUGAGUUUGUAAAUCUAGAGGCAUUGGUCACAACCAUCUCUGAUAUGUAUCCUGCCUUCUUUCGAAACAAAUGUUACCGUAAACUCCUUCUACUCGCCAUUGCUGUUGGAAGUUUCUUAGUCGGGAUUCUGAUGGUCACAGAGGGAGGCCUUUACAUCUUCCAGCUCUUUGACUACUACGCCUGCAGUGGGAUGACACUUCUGCUUUUUGCUGUGCUUCAGUCUGUAUGUGUUGGAUGGGUUUAUGGUGCUGAUCGUCAUUAUGACAAUAUAAAGGAUAUGAUCGGGUAUCGGCCAUGGCCUCUUAUGAAAUACUGUUGGCAGUACUUCACACCAGCCAUCUGUACUGGCACUUUUCUCUUCUCUAUAAUCAAAUACACCCCGUUAAAAUUCAACAACACUUAUGAAUAUCCCUGGUGGGGCUACACCAUCGGAGGCUUGUUUACUCUCUCUUCAACUCUCAUGGUUCCUUUAUGGAUGCUGUAUGCUGUGAGUAUAACUCCGGGAACACUCCGACAGAGACUUAAAAUUCUUUGCACUCCAGCAAGGGAUUUACCCACAGCACCGUUAAAGAAGGAAAAAAGCAAAGAAGGAUUUCAGACUUUCACGGGCUUGUACACUCUGCGGCAAACGGACAGCCCUGAUGUUGCAGGGUGGAACUCACAUCAAGAAAUAAAAAAAUGAGAUGGUCUCAUAACUGUCAUGAAUUCAGAUCCUAAACAGUUUCACUGCUCAGUCAAGACUCCUGAUGAAAAAACACAGGACACAUGAACAGAUACUUAAGAUUUAUGUACAGAAUGAUUUUGGAAAUCAUACUUGAAUUAUUUUAGUAGAGUCUAGUACCAGGCUACAAUAUUUUUGUUACUAAAUUUUUUUUUUUUUUUUUUGCUUAGAAAAUGAAAUACAAAAUAUAUAAAGUGUAAAUAAUAAAACAGUGGUAA